CGGGCACGUUUGGCUACUUUAGCAGUGAUUGUUACUAAUCAAGUAAACUUAAGCAUAAAAUACGGAGUAAUAAAGGAGUGAGUGAUGGAGAAGGAAAAGAGAGUGGUCCACUCUACAGCAAACACCCUCUCUCUAUUUAUUGCUCACGUCACUGCUUCACUGCUUAUAUCAUAUCUUUGCCUCGCCCACGCCUGACCGGAAUCCGUCACUCUAAAGCUAUGGCCCUGAAAUCCUUUGUUGAAGUCAAGCCCGACUCUCACUUUCCACUCGAGAACCUCCCCUUCGGUGUUUUCAAGCCUGAACCCGCUUCCGACGCUCGGCCUGGUGUCGCUAUAGGAGACUACGUUUUGGACCUUUCCGUGAUAGCCGCCGCAGGUCUUUUUGAUGGGCCUUGUUUGAAGUCUUCUGACUGCUUCAAUCAGCCUAAUCUUAACAAGUUUUUGCAUUUGGGACGCUCUGCAUGGAAGGAAGCUCGUGAAACAUUGCAAACGAUACUAUCAGCCACUGAUCCGAAAUUGCGUGACAAUGCAAGUUUAAGGCACAAAGCUCUUAUCCCCAUGGACAAGGUGGAAAUGGUUCUUCCUGUAGCAGUUGGAGACUACACAGACUUCUUUUCAUCCAUGCAUCACGCCAAAAAUUGUGGUACCAUAUUCCGAGGUCCAGAGACCCCAAUCAACAGUAACUGGUUCCAUCUUCCUAUUGCGUAUCAUGGGCGGGCAUCAUCAAUCGUCGUCUCUGGCACUGAAAUUAUCAGACCAAGGGGUCAAGGUCAUCCUACAGGUGACUCUGCCGCUUAUUUUGGACCUUCUCGGAAGCUGGACUUUGAGCUGGAAAUGGCUGCUGUAGUUGGCCCUGGAAAUGCACUGGGGAAGCCUGUGAGCAUUGAAGAGGCCAGGGACCAUAUUUUUGGGCUUGUCUUAAUGAAUGAUUGGAGCGCAAGAGAUAUCCAAGCUUGGGAAUAUGUGCCUCUUGGUCCUUUCCUUGGGAAAAGUUUUGGAACGACAUUGUCACCUUGGAUCGUGACCUUAGAUGCCCUAGAACCCUUUUCCUGUGAUGCUCCAAAGCAGGAUCCUCCCCCUCUACCAUAUCUGACGGAGAAGAUAUCCAAAAACUAUGAUAUUUCUUUGGAGGUUCACAUUAAACCUGCUGGGCAAGAAGAUUCAUGUACUGUCACAAGAAGCAAUUUCAAGCACCUGUAUUGGACCGUAACACAACAACUUGCGCACCAUACUGUCAAUGGUUGCAACUUACGACCCGGUGACCUUCUUGGAUCUGGAACUAUCAGUGGACCAGAACCAGAGUCUCAUGGUUGCUUGCUAGAGUUAACUUGGAAUGGACAGAAGCCUAUGUCUUUAGGUGGAGUGACUCGAACCUUCCUAGAGGAUGGGGAUGAAGUUGUUCUCACUGGUUACUGCAAGGGAGAUGGCUACAAGAUAGGUUUUGGAACAUGCUCAGGAAAGAUUCUUCCAUCACCACGUUAACAAACAAAUUCACCUGGUUUUUGUUUUACUUUUUGUUUAAAAUCCUUUUCUUGGCUUUUUUAUUUUCUGUUAAAAUUUGCAUUCUUGAUGUAUGGGUGACGGCAAGCUCUCAGUUCUGUUAUACGUGGAAUUCAGUCUUCACUAUGUUUUACUCAUCCAGACAGUUUGGCAAUACUAUUUUUCGGCUUAUCAGGCUCAACUUUUCCAUCAAACACGUAACUUUUGCUUUCGCGCGCUGAAUUGUGUAAUAAGCAGAAAAAGUAAUGUUGAAGUAAUUUUUCUAGCUGUA